GGCCGGGAGGCCUCUGGCUCCCCCAGCCAGGGCAAGCGGCGCAGCUUUGUCCUCGCCAUGCCCCGCAAGCGGCCUGCGCCACGAGAGGACUUGGCAGCGCUGAAUCAAUACGAUGAGGCAGAGGCGCUGCGCCUGAAGACGCCGUCGCCCUCUCCGCCGGUGAAGCGACGGAGAGGGAAAGACCGGCCCGAUGAGAAGAAGGAGAAGAAAAAGAAGAAGAAGCACAAAGAAGGCUCUUCAGAUGCCAAGAAGGUCAAAGACCGGCGGCGCGAUGCGAGCGCAUCCCAGAACAUGCCCUAUGGCUACGGGGGCUAUGGCGCCGGCUACGGCGCCUACGGCGGCUACGGGGGCUACGGCGGCGGCGGCUUCAUGCCGAUGCCGAUGCCGUCGAUGCCGAUGCCGUCGAUGCCGAUGCCACACCUCGCGGCACAAAGUUUGCCGCAGAAGAACAUCUUCACUCCGUCAGGCCCAUCGAUCGUUCCAGAAGAAGCGCCAAUGAUCCCCACGCUGCACAGCGUGCUCACAGGAGAAGUGCAAAUGCUUACUCCCAAGGGCGCGCUGCUUCGGCUCAGCGACCAGAGAAGCGUGCGCUACCUGGAUGGUCUGCUGCGACGGCCGGAGCAGAAGCUGAAGAUCGGGGAGAAGUGCUUCGUGAAGGUGGCGCGCAUCGAGGCGGGGCUGGUCAUGGUGGAUACCAAGGACGUGGACCAGGAGGUGGGCAAGGACUUGGACCCCGAGCACGAGAAGGCCGAGGUGGAGGAGUGGAUUGAUGUCCCUGCUGCUCUAGUUGGCCGCAUCAUCGGCCGGAAGGGUGAACGCAUCCGUCAGAUUUGCGACGAGUCCAACGCAGACUUGCGCUUCGACGAGACAAAAACAGAGCUUGGGAGCAACACCAAGAGGAGAACCACAGGCGGUGCCGGGGACGACCUGCGGAAGUUCCUGGCAGCGGCGCAGGAGGGCGCCGCAAAAGACGAGGAGCCUCAGGAGAGCGCGGAUGACCUGCGCGCCUUCCUGGAAGAAGCGCAGGCCAACCGAUCGCCACAGCAGAUGGAGCCAGAGGAGGAGGGCGAGGUGCAAGAGGCGGCGGGCGAUCUGGCGGCCUUCCUCCAGGAGGCCAAGGCCGGCGACGGCGCGGCGGAGGCCCUGCCCGCCCGCAGGAGCUUCGUGUCGGCCGUGGAGUUUGUGGCGUAUAGCCUCGAGAACUGGGAUGAGCUAUUGUACCGGAAGAUGGGCGAAGCCGGUGUAUCACUGGUCUACCCCGAGAACUUGUCCAUCACGGACAAAGAAGGCAAGGCCGUGGACAUCGAGCGGGGCCUGCGGUAUCGGCACUUCCCCAUUCGCGUGCGGUACAUCCUGACCUCGGAGACUUAUGCCAAAGAGGCGCCCAAAGAGGAGACUCCCAAAGAUGCCGAGGAGGGACCCGCUGCCAAGCCGGAAGAUGAGGAGCGCAAGAACACCAAGGCCAAAGUUGCCACCAGGAAGGAUGCCAUUUUCAUUUCCUGCGCGGAUGGCCUCUCCAAGAGGCAAUUGUCGGAGGUCUUCAAGUCGAAAUCGCUGCCGGAGCCUGUGACUCUGGACAACGUGAGUGAGACCGACCUCGUCUGUGUCUUCCAGGACGUCUCCGACGCGCAGAGGGCCGCCUCUGGCCUGGAAGGCCAUCCUCGAGUCAGCUUCCGCAUGGCCACCAUGGAGGACAUCAGGCAGAAGGCGUUCAACAGGUUCAAGCAGCCGCCGCAGGAGGAGUUUAUGCGCCUGAGAAUCAACGGCGAUGUCUUGAACGUGCGCAAGGCCCAGAGGUUGGUCCUCGAUCUCUUGGACGAGCUCACCUCCGGCCGGCCGAUCAAAACACGGCCAGGCGUGGAUGAGGUGGAGCAAUCCUUCUCAGUACCGGUGGGAAGGAUUGGGCACCUCAUUGGCAAGGCCGGGCAAAACAUCAAGACACUGGAGAAAGAGACUGGAGCUCGCCUGAAAGUGCUCCCAGCCGAAGGCCAGGAGGAGCAGGAGCUCCUGGUGUCUGGCACGGUGAAGCAGGUGGAGCUGGCGAAGCAGCAGCUCCGGAAGUACAUCCCCCACCUGGAGCUGGAUCCCACGGCCUCAGGCGUCCCCGAGCGCCGGAAGUUGGCGGCCGCGGACUCCGCCGCGGAGGAAGCGGAGCCGGGGGAGGACUUGAGCAAGAAGCGGGCCCGCGCAGCGGAGGUCUUGGAAGCUGCCGGGCGCGCCAAGGAAGAAGCCCCCCGGAGCCCGAGCAGAGGUUCGGGACGCACGAGGAUGAAGCGGCUGCGGGAGCGCAAGAGAGGCAUCAGCUUGGACGAGUACCAAAUCAUGCUUCGAAAGCAGAAAGAGCUGGACGCAGCAGCAGCUCGCGCUGAAGAGGCGGCGGAGGUGGCAAAAGCCUUCGCCAGAAAAGCCGCGCAGGAAGAGCAACAUCGUCACGUGGAUGAGUUUGACUGGGAAGAGGAAGACAGGUCCAACCUUAGCGCAUGGGCCCUGACGAGCUUUGGAGCGGGGCGCUUGUCCCGAGUGGUCAGCACCCCCUUCGGACAGCUCCUGAGCUUCCAGCUGCUCUCCGGGGGAAGUCUGCAGGUGCCCGAGGCUUCCGGCCUGCCGUGGCUCCUGGCGCUGGAAGGAUUCUUGGGCACCAAGGUCAAGGCUCCCGAGCCGUGGGAGGAGACCGGCGGAAAGCCUCCACUUGGGGCGACGUGGGUGGUUUCAGAGGUCCAGCCGCAGGGCCGGCGCCUGGUGUUUCGCCUGGUCACCGCGGCGGAGCUCUUCCCCCGCUUCGUGGAAGCUUCGCGGCUGUCGAGCUGGCCCCGGGUGGAGAGCCCCGUUUACCUGGUGGAGCUUUGUACAACACCUGCGACAGUGGGUCACAUCAUGCCCUAUCGCCACGACUUCCGGAAGUCAGACAAGAGCUACGUCAAAGGUGACUGGCUGCUGCUGGAGGGAAGUCGACCUGGGCUUCAGGAUGUGGGGAUCGUGCGCAAGGUCUUGCACGGUGCCAAAGGUGAACAGGCAGCCGCGAUUGCCGCCAAGAAGGACCCCACCAAUCUGGAGGGCGCGCCGUUGCGGCUGGCGCAGCGCUGCGGCGCGGCAGAGAAGACCCGCCGCGAGCAGCAGAUUGCCACGCUGGAGCGUGCCGUGCUGCCCUUGUUGGCCGCACGGCUGCCCAGCGGCGCUGCGGCUUUGGGCGUGGGCGCGUCUUUGGACGGUACAUUCCUGCGGUUCUUCGUGCGCUUGCCUGGCCAGCCAGACCAGGAGUCGCCCCUGGCGCCGGGCGCUGCGGCAUCUGCGGCGGCUGUGGGGGCACUGCUGGGCUGCCAGUCGGAGGUCUUCGCCACGUCUGGACCAGCAGAGCCCCAGGUGGAGCCGCCAGAGAAGACCAAGGACAAGGCUCCAAAGGCUAAGCCGAAGGAUCGAAAGGCCAAGGAGAAGAAGUCAUCCUCCAGCUCUAGCGAGUCGUCAUCAGACCAGUUCUUGCUGGCCAUGGCAAAGAGAGGCGACAAAGCACUGGCGAGAACUGCACGCGCUGAUGCGGCUGCCUGUGCUGCGCAAGCGGCCGAAGCGCCCGAAGUGCCGACGUGAGACAAAAGGUUUCGGCGUCGCGCUGAGGGUAUUCAGAAAGUCUACUUUCGAAGCUUUGCUUCUUCCAGGUUGAGGGCACCACGUUUCGGGUGGGUUUGGGUUGCC